GCUUACCCCACAUAAUCCGUGUCAUGUAAAAGUUUGGGUCUGGCGAGAUUUUACCGAAAAGAUAUCUUAACCCUGAACUGUUUUCUGGUCUUGAUUCAUUUGAUUACAAUGGGAAUAUUUGCUGUGUUGAAAAGCAGCAUUGCCCGUGAUUCGUUGAAGAUUUUAAUGAGUAUCUGAAGUUUAGUACUCGGUUGGAGGAAUCCAGGGUUGAAUUGGAAUUUCUUAAUGAAUGCGUACAGGCAAGCCGCUAUCCAAAACUAUUUUGUAGAGAGAUACGGUGCUGUGGCCUCUACCCAAACGCAAAAUCUUUGAAGAGGCAUGCACUUAAUUAUGUGGACACCAUCCGCGUUAAAAUGUCGGAGCUGGAGAGAUUCAUUUCGCAAAGGUUUCCAUCGGUGUCAGGCUUGUCUGAGGAUCUGCGACGGCCUUUUGAGGAAUAUGUGGAAUUAGUUAAGCUGAAAGUGGGAGCAAGAAGGCGAAGGAAAUUACUUAGUACGCUUAACAACCUAGUCCCACAAUUGACAUUUUCGAAUAACCCGGAACGGUAUGUGUUCAACCUUUCCAGUGUAGUACUAAGCCCAACACAGCUGGAAGUGUUAUCAUUAGGCCCUAAGUUUUGUAUUCCACGUAAGAAAAUAGAUCAGGCAGCCUUAGAAGUGCAGUUUGAAAGCUUAAUGAUACAAACUAGAGACCUGUUUCCAACAUCUUCUACUGAUGUUGAAAACCUAAAAUCUAGUCUAGUGGAUAGCUGUCAGGAAUAUGUUAAGGAUAAACCAUCUAGUAAUGGUAUUAUUUCAAGGGAGAAAAUUCAGGCAAUUAAAGAGUUACUGUUAAACAACGAAUUAAUUAUCUCUAGACCAGACAAAGCCUCCGGCAUAGUGUUAUUAGAUAGGGUGGAUUAUAUCUGUAAAAUGCAACAUAUCCUCAGUUCCAGAAGCUUAUGGCCGGAAAGGACAACACAGGGGAGUUAGAGAAACAGUUGGCCGGCUGCCUCAAGCGAAUGAUGCAAGCCAAACUGAUCACAAAGAGCGAAUACGAAAAGUUGAAGCCUUCAGGUGGACACCUACCGAGAUUAUAUGGCCUUCCAAAAGUUCACAAGGAAGGCGCCCCAAUGCGUCCAAUCUUGGACAUGGUGGGUUCUCCCCAGCAUUUGUUGGCCCAAUGGAUGGUGAACAAAUUGCAACCGUUACGGGAUAUGGUUUGCACUUACUGCGUGAGAGACUCCUUCGAAUUCAUUGAGAAGAUAUCUGGACUCAACUUUACUAACAAAAGGAUGAUAUCUUUUGACGCCCAGUCGCUGUUUACAAACAUUCCCCUGCUCGAAACGGUGGAGUACGUGUGCGAGUUGACCCGGCAACUACCAAUAUACGCUAACUUUCCGGAGGAUCUGCUAAAGGAGAUACUAUUUCGCUGCACGUUAAAUGUUCAAUUCAUGUUCAAUGGUGAGAUGUACCGUCAAAUUGAUGGAGUGGCCAUGGGAUCUCCUUUGGGGCCGUUGUUGGCUGAUAUCUUUAUGGCGAAAUUAGAACAUGGCCCACUCAGGACGCACAUUUGUGGAACUGAAAUGUACAUACGGUACGUCGAUGACACCUUCGUGCUUUGCGAAUCCGAAAAGCAUGCAGAACAGUUGCUGAAGGCCUUUAAUGAUGCACAUGAUAAUCUACGCUUCACCUGUGAGCACGAAAAUAAAAACCGUUUACCUUCCUUGGAUGUAGAAGUCAUCCGCAAUUCGGGCGGCUCAUGUAGCAGAAUGGUACACAGAAAGCAUACGUGGACUGGACAGUACACUAACUUUCACAGCGCGGUGCCUUUACAGCACAAGAGGAGUUUAAUCCGAUCUCUUGCCUUCAGGGCGCGCAGUAUUUGCACUCCGGAUACCAUCAACGAAGAGCUACAGAGAAUCAGCGACGCCCUUCGUGAGAAUGGUUACCCCGAUAAGUUUAUCAUGAAGCACAUGAAAGAACGCAAGCGAAAGCCACCUAGAAGCAUUGCUCCCAAGAAAGAGCUGUUCAUACAUUUACCAUUUGAGGGCGAUACUGCAGCUGAUAUCCUAUCUCGACGUUUGAAAGAUGCUGUUGAGAAAACUUAUUUCGCAGCCCGCUUAAGAAUUGUUUACCACAACAAACCAUUGCUUGCAAAACCCUUGAAAGAUAGUCUGCCAUCGUUGACCCGUUCAAUGCUCGUUUAUCAGUACUCGUGCUCUUGUGGUGCACGAUACGUGGGUCGCACAACGAGACGUCUAUCCCAGAGGAUUCGCGAGCACAUCCCGGCGUGGUUUUACAAAGGCGAAAUGAGGGCCUCAGACAGCUCAAUCAUGUCGCACCUCCUCGAAAGUGGCCAUACUGCAUCUGAGAAUGACUUUAAAGUAAUCUAUUCACUACCUGAACGCUUAUCACAAGGCUUCCGAAAGCAAAUCUUGUCUAUCGCCGAGGCUAUUUACAUCCAUCAUCUGAAGCCGGAAUUAUGCGUACACAAACGAUUCAUACGGCCGAUACUACUACCUUGGCCGACUGACAUGGUUACUUAACUACCCUUUGUGACCUUAGCUAUUUACUUUAGGCCCUGAAGCUUGUAUUAAUUUCCUUUGAUGCACUUUUCCUACAACCCGUAGCCACCUUUAGUCAUCGAUCUUGACCUUUCAAACACCUUCGAAAUCAAUCCCAGCCCGAUUUGACGCUUACCCCACAUAAUCCGUGUCAUGUAAAAGUUUGGGUCUGAUGAGAUUUUACCGAAAAGAUAUAUUAACCCUGAACCGUUUUCUGGUCUUGAUUCUUUUGAUUACAAUGGGAAUAUUUGCUGUGUUGAAAAUCAGCAUUGCGCGUG